AUGGCUCCUAUUGAAUAUCUAUUAUACGAAGAACCUACCGGUUACGCUAUCUUCAAGGUCAAGCUACAACAAGACAACAUUGGUGCUAAGCUUGCCGAAGUUCAACAAGAAAUUAACGAAUUCGGUUCCUUCACUAAGUUAGUUGAACUAGAAUCCUUUGCUCCAUUCAAAGGUGCAGCUGAAGCUUUAGAAAAUGCUAAUGAUAUCUCUGAAGGUCUAGUCUCCGAAAGUUUAAAAUCCAUCCUAGAGCUAAACUUACCAAAGGGUUCUAAGAGUAAGACUGUUACUUUAGCCAUUUCUGAUAAGAACUUGGGUCCAUCCAUUAAGGAAGUUUUCCCAUACGUUGACUGUAUUGCCAACGAAUUAGCUCAAGAUUUACUGCGUGGUGUCAGACUACAUGGUGAAAAACUAUUCAAAGGUUUACAACCAGGUGAUUUAGACAGAGCCCAACUUGGUCUAGGUCAUGCUUACUCCAGAGCUAAGGUGAAGUUCUCUGUUCAAAAGAACGAUAACCAUAUCAUUCAAGCCAUUGCUUUGGUCGAUCAAUUAGACAAGGACAUUAAUACUUUUGCUAUGAGAGUUAAAGAAUGGUACGGUUGGCAUUUCCCGGAAUUAGCUAAGCUAGUUCCAGACAAUUACACAUUUGCCAAAUUAGUUUUGUUCAUUAAGGACAAGGCCUCUCUAGACGAUGAAUCGUUACAUGACCUUGCUGCUUUGUUGAACGAAGAUGCUGGUAUUGCCCAAAGAGUUAUCGACAAUGCUCGUAUUUCCAUGGGUCAAGAUAUUUCUGAAGCUGAUAUGGACAACGUCUGCACAUUUGCUCAAAGAGUUGUCAACCUAGUUGACUACAGAAGACAGUUAUACGAAUACUUAUGUGAAAAGAUGCACACUGUUGCUCCAAACUUGUCUGAAUUGAUUGGUGAAGUUAUUGGUGCUAGAUUAAUUUCUCAUGCUGGUUCUCUAACUAAUCUUUCCAAGCAAGCUGCUUCAACUGUUCAAAUUCUAGGUGCUGAAAAGGCUCUUUUCAGAGCUCUUAAGACCAAGGGUAACACUCCAAAGUAUGGUUUGAUCUACCACAGUGGUUUCAUUGCCAAGGCAUCUGCUAAGAACAAGGGUAGAAUUUCUAGAUACCUUGCUAACAAGUGUUCUAUUGCUUCCAGAAUUGAUAACUACUCUGACGAACCAACUAACGCUUUCGGUACUGUUCUAAAGAAGCAAGUUGAACAAAGAUUGGAAUUCUACAACAGUGGUAAACCAACUUUGAAGAAUGAAGUUGCUAUCCAAGAAGCUAUGGAACUCUAUCACAAGGAUCACCCAGAAGAAACUUCUGCUAAGGUAGAAAAAACUUCCUCUAAGAAGAGAAAGGCUGAAUCUGAUGAUGAUGAAGAAGAAGAAGAACAGGAAGAAAAGAAGAAGUCCAAGAAGGAAAAGAAAGAUAAGAAGGAAAAGAAGGAAAAGAAAGAUAAGAAGGAAAAGAAGGACAAAAAAUCUAAGAAAGAAAAAAAGAGCAAGAAAUGA